AUGAGCAUUUUAAGGUUUGACAGGCAAAUUAAAGACGAUAAAAAAAGAAACUCCUCUCCUACAUUUGGAAGCCGCGUGGCUAAUAUUCGCCAAAUUAAAGAAAACAUAGUUUGCGAGCACUGUCACAAACCUGGACAUAAGGGGGGUGACUGUUUUAGGAAAGCGGUAUGCGACUACUGUCAAAAACAGGGCCACACGGAGGGUAAAUGUUUUAAAAGGAGGCAAGAUAAUUCAAAUAAAUCUGGUCGAACCUCUCCAAAUAAUUCAAAAUCUCAAACAAAAACGGGAUAUAAAAGUCCGAAAAAAUGUUCCUAUUGUAAGAACUUAGGACAUAUAAUAUUUGACUGUCUAAAGUUAAAGUACCAAUUGGAAAAAAGGAGUCAGGGAAACGGGGUGAGGGGAACGAUGAACGACGCUCGUCGCUCUCCGUCACCAAAACAGCGUCCACAAAGUCCGAAUCCGUAA